CAUUUUAAACUAAAAUGGACAGUUGCAGUCUCCAUAAUUUUCAAACAUAUUCUAUGAAUCAGCAACCGCACACGACAUAGCUCUGAAUCGGAGAUCAUCAUAUACUGCAAGUUUUGUCAACUCGGACCAACGUCACAAUUUCUACAAGUUGAAUAUCUUCAGAACCAGACGAGGGUCGAAUACUGUCUUGGACAAGGUUCUCUCUGCAGGAUCAUCCCUUUGUAUGUAUGAUGGAACACUUGUUGCACUAAUACUCAUGUACCUAUGCGCUUAUACCAGAACAAACAUUCUAAAAGCAACUCGAUACUUUUCGAUCUAGAAUUUUCUGAGAACGUUUUGUUUUUGUGAAUCAAAUGUAUUUUUGCUGUAAUAUUAUUAUCCAUUAAUUGUUACUGUAGAAAAAACGCCAUCAAACUAAACAUGUCAAAUGCUUACAAUAUGUUCACUUUUGUAUUAUGUUUUAUCAUUCUCAUUGUUUUAUCUAACUGUGAAUCUGUACAUAAAAUACAGGGGGAAAACGUAACCUUGCACUUCCCAUACCCAUGUGACAACACAGAAGUCACAUUACAACAAUCAAAUAGACGCCCCUUUUACAGAUCUACGUUUGGGCCAGACUUGAUUCUGCUGCAAUUAGAUCAGGUCGGAAGAUUCACAGUUUAUGAUGGAAAUAGCUCUGACUCUUGCUAUGUAGAUCUGAUGAUAAGUAAUCUAAUGAAAGAUGAUGAAGGCACAUACAUUUUGUUUGUAUACAAGGAUGGUGAGAUACUAGGGGGUAAUAUACAGAGGAUUUAUUUGGAGGUAGGCCAUCCCCCUGGUAAGGCUUCAUGUGUCGUGGGUGAUGAAAUGGAUGGCGACUGGGUCUCACUAGACUGUCAAGCCAAUGCAGGGAGUCUACCAGGGAAAAUUGUGUGUUACCAAAGUGGUGUGUGGAUGCCUACUUUGGCCGGCCCUACUGAAACGGGAUCUUUAUUGAAACAGACCAUCCUCAUCAGACAAUCGGGUCCUGUAUUUUGCUGCUCAUCUCUGAUUGAUGAAGACAGAGAGAGGUGCGAAUGUAAAGACACUAGCCAUUAUCUGUCCGAUGGCGACUACAUUGACCCCUGUCCUACACCCAGUCCUACCUUACUUGCAAGGUCAACAGUCACGACAGUGCUGAUUCCCUCCACUUCCACUGAAAGCAAUCAAAGUAAUCAAUAUUCCUCUUUGGCGCCCAGUACUCCAAUACAGAUGAAAGAAUCAAAAGGCAACCAAAGCAUUUCAGAUUUGGCCAUUGUUUUUCUUGUCCUCAUGAUCAUAUUGUUGGUCGUAGUGAUUGUACUGGUCGUCUUCAUAUUGAAAACAAAGAACAAGUGUAAUAAAAAUGCUAAUGAUCCUUCAAAAACUGAUAAUUCUAUGCCACUACUUAAUGGCCAUGUAAUUAAAAGUCAAGCAACAAACGCGAAACAUACAGAAAACCACUGUAAAGUUCAACAUAGUAGUCCUACACGACCUAAUGGAAAUGUGUAAGUGUAGAAAAGGGCCGGGAAGCUGGGUUGAUUUUACAUAGCUUUUUCAUAGCUUUUGUCAUGAUUAAUUGAAACAUGUUUGUUUGUAUGGAAUGGUAGCUUGUUUUGGCAGAUUGUCCAAAAGGGAAUUAUGUAUAUGUAUGUUUAUUGUAUAAUUACAUAUUCAUAUAUUAUG